AUGCAUUUAGAAAAGCACGCUAAAGCACUAUUAGAUUAUUAAUAUAGUUCUGAUGAUGACUAUGGAGAUUAGAAAAAGAAAGCUAUGAAAUAUCGUAAUGAUUUAAUAGAAACAGAUGAACAAGUUCGAAAAUUAAAAAAGGAGAACUUUCAUAAUGUAAUAAAAGAUAUAAAUUUUAGAAAUAAACAAUAACUGAAUUAUUAGCAGAUUUAGAAGUUCAUCAAAAAAGAAUUAUUUUGUUAGAAAAGGAAUUAUUAAAUUAAAGAAAAUUAGCAUAAGAUUCAUAAGAUUAAUUAAAGAGAGCCAAAAUAUAGAAAUAAGAAGAUAGAAUUUUGAAAGAAUAGAAAAAAUUUUAAGAGAAAUUUGCUUUAUAAACAAAUGAUGCUCUAGAAAAAUUAAGAGUGCAUUUUGAUUAGACAUUAUAAUAACUUACACCAAAACCUGUUAAUAAAUGA